AUGAGGCCCGAGUUGAUGCCAAGCGACGUAUUGGAGGCCGUGCUCGCGUUCCUGACAGGUUUCGACACCUUCACGCUCUCGCAUGCCAGUCCCGAGUGCCUUUCGUGGCUCUCGGACCCUGAGUUCUGGCAGGAGCGUCUUCACGGACAAAGUGCGGCGGACGCUCAAGGGCCGCCAUGGAUGAAAGAUUUGAAGGGCUCCGCAAGGCGACUCAGGUUUCGGAUGAAGGGCAUCGUCCAAAGAGACUUGGAGCAGCACUGGAAGAGGAAAUAUAUGCUGGAACGAUCCGUGUAUUUCCGAGGAAUGGGGUCCCAAGACUUCAUCUACCGACGUCAACGAGGGCCAUACGCGUUUACCUGGAGCACAAUGUGUCCACCGAGUCGAGACAGCAGAGACCCAUGGCUCCUCUACGGGCUGGACUGUGACGACAUGGGAGACGAUCGGUGGCAGCCGGUGGUGGUCGACUCCAAGUGCAAUCUCUACUGCUCGCUGCUCGAAGGGAAAACGAUGGUAGCGGCCAAGCUGAUGACCAAUCGCUGGCACCAUUUAGCUUUGAGUUCUGAGCGAGAGAAACACGUUCAGCAAGUUUACGUUGAUGGAGUGCAGGUGCACUCUGCUACGGGUGAAAGACGCCGUGAAUGGACUCGCAUGGCGUACCAGCAGAUUGGCACUGGUCACAUCGUGGCUGGAGACGGAGACUUUCCUUAUCCAGGUUAUUCAGGAGCGUACGACUUUCGAGGCUUGGUCGAUGGGUUUCCAGUGUGGCGAGGCGUGCUUUCUGUGAUGGAGGUGGAAGAGCUGGCUCGUGGUGGGACGCUGCCGUAUCGAGAAGUGUGGGCAUCGAUUGGAGUGGGUGCGAUGUACCCGACCAGCUGA